AUGAGUGCGGGAAGCUGCUGUCAGUCAGCUGCGCCGUUUUGCGCCUUCGCAGAGUGUGUCGACUGUCGAGUUGGCAAUGACGUCUACACAUACAAUCAGGCCAGAUGUCACAUCGGCUCGCUCAAUGCCUGCCGCAUCGGCGCCGAUGCUGAGUGCUGUCUAGGUGCUGGGGGCGGAGCAACUUGCGCCGCCAAUUGGUUUCUCGGCUCCGGGCCUGCAUUCAAAAUCGUCGGAACAGGAUUCCCAGACUCAAAGAAGACUUUCGGCCGAAAUGUCAACCAGAGUCCGCCAUUGGAUUGCGGUGCUGUGGUUGAGCCUAACCAUUACAGGUUCAUGGACAGCAAUGGUGCGAGACAUGAUAUCUACUUGCCAAAGGGAACCUUCCAAUCUGCAGUAGCAUACGUAAUGAAUGGAAACCUUGACGAACUCAUCAAGUUCCCAGUGUGGGCUGACCAACACUAUGCUGCGGACGACUGUGUCAGGGUUAAGAACGAGGAUACUGUUAUUGAAAAGUAA